CCUUCCAGAGGUGGUUUGUGGAGCCCCCUCCAUCUACCUUGACUUUGCCCGUCAGAAGCUUGAUGCCAAGAUUGGGGUUGCAGCGCAGAACUGUUACAAGGUGCCGAAGGGGGCUUUCACGGGGGAGAUCAGCCCAGCCAUGAUCAAAGACAUUGGAGCCGCGUGGGUGAUCCUGGGCCACUCGGAGCGAAGGCACGUCUUUGGAGAGUCUGAUGAGCUGAUUGGGCAGAAGGUGGCUCAUGCUCUAGCUGAGGGCCUUGGGGUCAUUGCCUGCAUUGGAGAGAAGCUGGAUGAGAGAGAAGCUGGCAUAACCGAGAAGGUGGUUUUUGAACAGACCAAGGCCAUUGCAGAUAACGUGAAGGACUGGAGUAAAGUGGUGCUUGCCUAUGAACCAGUGUGGGCUAUCGGGACUGGGAAAACUGCAACUCCGCAACAGGCUCAGGAAGUUCAUGAGAAGCUGAGGGGGUGGCUCAAAAGCCACGUGUCCGAUGCUGUUGCUCAGUCAACUCGGAUCAUCUAUGGAGGUUCAGUCACUGGCGGCAACUGUAAGGAGCUGGCCUCUCAGCAUGAUGUGGACGGCUUCCUUGUUGGCGGAGCUUCUCUCAAGCCGGAGUUUGUGGAUAUUAUCAAUGCCAAACACUGAAGCAGGCCGUGAGGAGCAGUCCCUUGUGGUUGAGAGCAAGAAACGGAAGCAAGAAGGGACCUUUUCAUUGCACACGUCUCGGUACAGAGGCCUUCCCUCAGGCUUUCCCCCUCCGUGGUUAUUGUUCUAGCUGUGCUGCUAACCCCCACCGCCACAUCGGAGUCCUGUUCGCGGGAGCGUAGCGCGGCAGCGUCGCGACAGCCUCCUCUCUGAAUCGGCCGAGUCUUCGGUUGCCCGUUGACCUGUAAGAGCCUACGGUUAACCUGGCCAGUGCCUCCCCCUUCUGCAGCGCUGCAGGGAGAGGGGGCCACUGGUGCUGGGGGGAAGGAAAAAGGAAUCAGGGUCUCUUGCAUCCUUCAGCCCCGUCAGCAAGGAGCCUGUCAGCUUAGACCCUUGCGAGAUGUCUUACCUCACCUGUGUCCUGUACUGAACAAUAAAUGAGAAAAAGAAAAAGCAAA